CUUUUUGGGGUUUAAAAAACAGAAAGAGAACAUGGGUUGUCAUGGUGCUACACAUGAUGAAGAAGCUUCUGCAAAAGCAGCAGCAGCCAAGGCCAACAGUGUUGCUCCAACCAUAUUUGACAAGAUCUUAGCGAAGGAAAUUCCUUCAAUCAUUGUAUAUGAGGAUGAUAAGGUCUUAGCAUUUCGGGAUAUUAAUCCACAGGCUCCUGUUCCCGUUUUAGUCAUCCUUAAAUUGAGGGAUGGAUUGACAGAGCUUGGGAAGGUGCAUCUUGGUCGUACUUAGUAUUGCUAUGUUUUUCUUGAAUUCGUUGCAUUGGUUGAAUUGGAUAGCUUAGAUGGACAUUAGAACCCAUUAUUCUGCAACUCACUUUUUGGAUUGGUUUUUGUUUUUCAUUACUAAAGGGUUCUUGUAUUACAAUUAAACAAUUUUCUUAAUA